AUGUUGUUAGUGCCGAUGGUAAUUUGCGGCAGUUUGUAUUUUUUUCUCAUAAAUGGCGUCCGGUACACGACUAUUUUUUUCUUCUACAAAAAGAAGACAGGAGUUAUGACAACGAGGACAAAUUGGCUAUUCAGUUGCAGUACCGCCCCUUUAUGCUCCCAAAAAUAAUUUUCCUUCAUAAUAACAUCGAGAUACAAUAAGAUAUUUUGCAGAAAACUGCCAGAGGAGCAGAUGAAUAAAACUAUUGAAAAGCAGUCUCAAAAAUUUGGGCCUACUACAGAAGUGUUGGCAACGAAAAUGUUUGAUAUACUAUUUUUAUUCCUGGAAUUUAAGGUU